ACCUAAAAUUUCCAUUUUGGGUAAACAUGGACAGCUCUGGAACAAAUCCAGACAAUUUGAGGCCUCAAUUUGGAAACCGCUAUUUAACCGACGAUAGCAAUGUGUUCCAACAUAAUGCUUGGUACGAAAUUGUUUUCAAAAAUUAUUCAGUCAAGAUAUUGUCAUACAAGAUUCAGAAAGAAACCCAAGUUUGGAUCUCGAUACCUUAGAGAUGGAUCCAAUAUUUUCUCUUUCAAUGCUUGGGACGACGUGGAAUGGAACGCAGACCAAGAACAGGAAGCUUUGAAAAAGGUGCAACUGAAUAGCGCAGUCCAAUUUUCAGAAAACCAGAUUGAAAAGUACGACAAAGAGGCCAAUAAGUUCUGGGAUUCGUUCUAUGAUAUCCAUGAUAACAAGUUUUUCAAAGAUAGGCAUUGGCUGUUUACAGAAUUUCCUGAAUUGUCAGCUGCGCCCCAUAAAGAAUCAGCGAUCUUUGAACUGGGUUGCGGUGUCGGAAAUACAAUAUUUCCGAUAUUGCAAUACAGUAAAAAUGAACAGCUGAGGGUUUACGGUUGUGAUUUUUCCGAAAAAGCCAUUCAAAUCAUGAGGGAGUCCGAUAACUUUGACCCUAAAAGAUGCAAUGUCUUCGUACAGGAUAUAGCUGAAGAUGAAUGGUCUGUGCCGUUUCCCCAAAACAGCAUUGAUAUUGUUGUAGUUAUAUUUGUUCUAUCAGCAGUUCAUCCAGAGAAAUACAAGAAUAUAAUUUCCAAUAUUUAUAAAUGCUUGAAACCUGGAGGAUUAGUUUUAUUUAGAGACUACGGAAGGUUUGACCUGGCGCAGUUACGAUUUAAACCUGGCAGAUCGUUAGGGGACAACUUUUACGUUAGAGGAGACGGAACGAGAGUAUACUUUUUCACUGAAGCGGAGGUAAGCACUCUCUUUACUGAGCAAGGAUUUAUUGAAAAGGAAAAUAGAGCUGAUAGAAGACUGCAGGUUAAUAGAGGGAGACUGUUGAAGAUGUACAGGGUGUGGAUACAGGCCAAGUACCAAAAGCCCUAAGAGACCAUUGGCAAGUUGUAUAAUAAAAUCAGUUAUUGAAGCGA